AUGCCUCGCCGUCACCAAUCACCCUCUCCGCUCCUCUCUCUGCCGGUUCUCAUCAUCCUCCUCCCCACCAUCAUCUUACUCUUCCUCAUCUACACCAUCCCUCCACUUGUAUCCCUCACCUCCCAACUCCUCCAGCCCACCGUCUCCGUCAAGAAAAGCUGGGACUCCCUCAACGUCUUCCUCGUCAUCUUCGCCAUUCUCUGCGGCGUCUUCGCUAGAAAAAACGACGACGGCUUGCCUGAUCCCGACGACGAUCACGUCCAUAUUCACAAUGCUUCCGACCCUUUACUUGGUUCGGCCAUUAACAGAACCACCUCAUCUCCACAAUCAGAACCAGCACUUCAUAUUCCGCAGCAGCAAUGGUUUGGAUACUCGGAGACAACUUCCAAGAUGUAUGACACUCCGGUUAGGACCCCGGAAAACGUCGGCGGAGGCCGGUUGAGGAGGAGAAGCUCGUACCCGGAUCUGAGGCAAGCCGAGUCUCUGUGGCAAACUGUAGAUGAUGAUCAAAGUAAGUCUCAGUUUCGUUUCUUUGAUGACUUCGAAAUCAGCAACUAUAGAACUCACCGACAACACAGAGAGAGCAGCUCCGAUGAUGUUAAGGAGAUUCCAGUGGAUACUUUCGUACUUCAAUCUUCUUCGCCGGCUCCAAAGCCUCCGGCACCAUCGCCUCCGCCUCCUCCGCCGCGUCAUGAGAAACAAAGGACGUAUGAGACGGUUGGUCGACGUAAAGUGGAAGAUGUGAAAGUCGAGGAAGUUCGAUCUACGCCACCUCCGCCGCCACCGCCUCCACGGCCAGUAGCUCCGCCGUCGCCAAUGCGGGUUAGAUCGGACCAGAAACACGGGAGGCUUGAACGGAGGAAGAGUAACGUGAAGAAGGAGAUAGCGAUGGUAUGGAAUUCAGUCGUUCUUUCCAAUCAGAGAAAGAGAAAGAGGAGGCAGAAGGCUACAAGAAACAACAUUUACGAUACUGCCACUCCGGAACCUCCGCCGGAACAACCGCAACCGCCGCCUCCUCCACCUCCGCCGCCGCCCUCUUCUGUUUUUCAUAAUUUAUUCAAGAAGGGAAGCAAAACUAAAAAGGUACAUUCGGUCUCAACCACAGCAGCACCACCACCACCUCCACCGCCGCCGCCGCCGACAGUUUCAGCACGAAAACAUCAGACCCGGAGCUCUAAUCAGCCACCGGCACCGGCACCGACAACCCCGCCGCGUCCACCGCCCGCAGCACACUCCCGGCGCCGGCCGCCAUUGCCGACAAAACCAAGCACCUCCUACGAGGACAAUGUGAACAGCGGCUGCCAGAGCCCGCUGAUUCCGAUUCCGCCGCCGCAGCCGCCUUUCAAAAUGCCGGAGCUGAAGUUUUUCGUGAAGGGAGACUUUGUUAAGAUACGGAGCGGCCAGAGCUCACGGUGUGGGUCCCCUGAACCGGAGGAGGAAGAUGAUGCAAUGCCAGGUGGCAAGGGAGAGUCACAGUCAUCGACAGUGAAGAUAACCGACGGUGCUGGUCGCGGGUCGCCGUCGGUGUUCUGCCCCAGCCCUGAUGUCAACACGAAAGCUGACAACUUCAUUGCGAGGCUUAGAGAUGAGUGGAGGCUCGAGAAGAUGAACUCACUCAGGGAAAAGAAGAUGAAAUGA